CUAUCAUUCAGCUUGGUUUAUGUAUUGCAAUGCUGACUGGCUUUGGUAUUUAUUCUUUCCCGUCAAGACCGUUAAUCUGAAGCAACCACAGACACAACAUGCAGCCCGUCCCCGCAGGUUAUCCCAUAGCAAAGCUGACCGGACCUAUGAUCGUAGCCUAUUUCUUCCACUGGGCACUCUUCGGGACUCUUUCUUUGCAGCUGUAUCUGUACUAUCUAGCAUUUCCGAAGGACAAGAAGUCCACGAAAUAUUUCGUCUAUGGCAUAUACGUUGCCGAAUUUGCUCAGACAAUGCUUGUCGCCCACGACGCCUUUGCAGUGUUCGGUUACGGCUUUGGUGAUAUUGAAGCCCUCACUCGCAUGAAUUCCAAUUGGCUCACUGUUCCCGUCAUGAGCGCUGCUGCUGCUUGUGUCGCACAAGUCUUCUAUGCGUAUCGAAUUUUCAUCCUAUCAAAGUCACGGAUCAUCCCGAUAUUCGUCACCUGUGUGUCCUUGACCAGCUCUGUGGCAGGUAUAAUCACAGGCGUCUACUCCUUCCAAGCGGGUAACAUCACUAAACUCAACAACAGGAAGACGUCCAUCGCCGUCGGGAUUUGGUGCGGUGCCUCUGCCUUAUGUGAUAUCGUCAUCGCUAUCUGCAUGACUUACUACCUUACGUGCAGCGAUACUGUCUUCCGUCGCACCCGAAUGGUUGUCACCAAGCUAAUUCGUCUCACUAUCGAAACGGGAUCUGUGACAGCUGUUUUCGCUUUACUUAACCUUAUCCUCUUUUAUGCAUUCCCUCAUCAGACUUUCUACACGACACCUGCCUUGCUCAUGCCCAAGUUGUAUGCUAACACCGUUUAUAUGGUGCUGAAUUCGCGAAUCCAAAUUAAUGGAGGACGGGAUAUUUAUACGUCUUCUUCUGAUAUGAGGAGCAUCACCACCACUCUGAUACAGGAUAACAAUCUCCAAUCAACACAAGGUACAAUCCGAAACGGGAAGCAAGGACGGGCGCCAAUGGUCACGAUAACUAAAGAGGUAUUCAACGAUGAUUAUGAGAUGGGUCAAAUGAAUGACAAACUAGAAGAAGCAUGAGUCUAAUCGUAUAACUGUACUGUACGUUCUUUGAACCGAACCCCGUAUAGGAACCUGCCCUGGUUAUCUACUGUCUUGUUGUAACAAAUACCGAAGCCGAAUUUUACAAGCUUACUAAGACGUAUCCCGCUCAGCUUAUAUGGCCAUUUAGAGGAUUGAUUUCUGUUCGACUUGAGCUUAUCUUCCCGAUCCAAACCUUUGUCGAUGACCAGUGAAUCUGCUGGCGGUGAUACUCGUCUGCAGAAAGUAGAAACAAUGAGGGUGA